AUGCCGGCGCCUGCCCUGUCCUGCCGGCAGCCUCCUGCACUUCCGUCUGCUUUUAUUGGGAAGGUGAUGGAGGCUCUGAGAAGGAAGAUUUGGAUGUGCGCCGCCGGCGUGCCCUCCUCUCACUCCAGUGCAGAGGGCCGCGUCCACGCCAUGCUGAAGCAGGCGCCGGCGCCAUCCCCGUGGUCAGAAGGCUGGCCCUCCCUCAGGGCCAGCGUCGUCCCCUAUGGCGUCCAGCUGGGCAAAGAAGCAGACUGGCAGCAAUCGCAGGCCUCGCUGUGGAUGACGGACAACCCGAGCCGCCAAGCGGAACGGGCAAACGUGGCAGACAUUCUGCCCUUGCUACGUGAGGAGGUUGUAGCUGCGCUGUGUCCCAACGCCGACUUCGGGGACAGCAGCGAUUCCGAGGGCGAGGACCCCGCGCCAUCCGCACCCCGGCUCUUCCGGCACGCUGACCACGAGCGGGAGUGGACUCGACUCGAGUUUCGCGAGUGGGCGGAGGCGGUGAGCGAGAAGCACGGUUACUGGAUCUCGGAGCUGGGUGGUGUGGGCCACCUCCCCGACCUCGAAGCACAAGGCCCCUGCACCCAGCUUGUGGUCUUCGAGCGUAAGGAUGUGGAGGAGACGGGGAUGCAGGAGGAAGAGUGCGCCUCCUUUGCGGGCAUGGAGUCGCAGGUGGACUUCAACGAAGUCCGCGAGCAGUCGGCGCGCUCCGAGGAGCUCGCUGGCUCUGGCAGUGGACUCUGGAAGCUGGUGCUUCGGGAGGGGGAGGGAGAUCCUGCUCCGAAGAACUCCCGAGUGAACCUGCACUACUCCACAUACCUGGCAGAUGGCAGGCGCGUGGACACCAGCCGCGAGGGCAAGAGAUCGAUGCCCUGUGCCUUCCAGCUCGGCCGACAGGAUCAGGGGGUGGAGGCGUGGCAUCUGGCCGCCGAGACCAUGCGCUGUGGCGAGGUGGCGUGGGUCCAGAGCCCCUCGCGGUAUGCGUACGGAAGCCGAGGGGCGCCUCCGCACAUCCCCGCGGGCGCGGAAGUCUGGUUCUGCCUGGAGUUGACCAGCGUCAGACCGCCCUGUACCGUGAAGUUCCUGAAUCGUGCGGCGGAUGCCCUGGAAGAAGCAGACAAGCAUAUGGAGGUUGGCCGCGCGGACAUCAAGCGCCAGGCCUUUGCACAGGGCCGUCAGGCCUUCCGCCGCGCGGUUGCCGCCGUGCCGGAUAAGCUGCUGCUGAGGCAAAGUGACGAACUCAUCGCCCGCUUCGCCAAGAUGGAGCGGGCUUCCCUACUGAACCAGGCGCACUGCUGCCUGAAGCUCGGCGAGUCCGUUCCGGAGUCCAAGGCUGAGGCACAGGACCACUUCCGCGAGGCGCUGCAGGCGUAUGCGCGAUCGCCUCCUCUAAGGGCAUGA